AUGUUGCUGGCGGGGAUCAGCAUGUUGUCCUGGCUCGAAGCUGCGCUCACUGCCAUGCUGGCCCUGGGGCUCCUCCUCACCCUGUCCCGGCACUUGUGGACUCUCAGGUGGACUCUGAGCAGGGACCGGGGCAGCGCUCUGCCCCUCCCCAAAGGCUCCAUGGGGUGGCCGUUCUUCGGGGAGACCCUGCACUGGCUUGUCCAGGGCUCUAGCUUCCACAGCUCCCGCCGGGAGAAGUACGGCCACGUGUUCAAGACCCACCUGCUGGGCAAGCCUGUCAUCCGAGUGACUGGGGCCGAGAACAUCCGCAAGAUCCUGCUGGGGGAGCACAGCCUGGUCAGCACCCAGUGGCCCCAGAGCACCCAGAUCAUCCUGGGCUCCAACACCCUGCUCAACUCCAUCGGCGAGCUGCACCGCCAGCGGAGGAAGAUCCUGGCUAGAGUCUUCAGCCGCGCUGCCCUGGAGAGCUACCUCCCUGGGAUCCAGAAGGUCGUGAGCUGGGAGCUGCGGGGCUGGUGCAGGGAGCCUGGCUCCGUCGCGGUUUAUUCCUCCGCUAAAACUCUGACUUUCCGCGUUGCAGCUCGGGUUCUGCUGGGCCUCAGCCUGGAAGAAAAGCAGUUUAAGGACCUGGCCAAAACCUUUGAGCAACUGGUGGAGAACCUGUUCUCCUUGCCCCUGAACAUCCCGUUCAGUGGGCUGCGCAAGGGGAUCAAAGCCCGGGAUAUGUUACAUGAGUACAUGGAGAAAGCCAUAAUGGAAAAACUACAAAGAAAGAACUCAGAAGGUCAUAGUGAUGCUCUGGAUUUCUUAAUAAACAGUGCCAAGGAGCAUGGCAAAGAAUUCACCAUGCAGGAGCUGAAGGAGUCAGCGAUUGAGCUGAUAUUUGCUGCUUUCUUCACCACUGCUAGUGCCAGCACUUCUCUGAUUCUUCUGCUACUGAAACACCCCUCGGCGGUAGAAAAAAUAAGACAGGAACUGGUGUCCCAUGAAUUGCAUAGGCAGUGCCAUUGCCUUUCGCCUGCAGCUGGGGGGCCAGUGAUUCCAGAGGCAGAGUGUCAUUGUCAGCCUCAGAUGAACUUGGAUAAACUGAGCCGUCUGCGCUACUUGGACUGUGUGAUUAAGGAGGUCCUUCGCGUGCUGCCGCCCGUUUCUGGAGGCUACAGGACUGCCCUGCAGACCUUUGAGCUGGAUGGCUACCAGAUCCCCAAGGGCUGGAGCGUGAUGUACAGCAUCCGAGACACCCACGAGACCGCGGCCGUGUACCAGAGCCCCCCCGAGAGCUUCGACCCGGACCGGUUCGGCUCGGCCCGGCAGGAGGACGGCAAGGGGGCAGGACGCUUCCAUUACAUCCCCUUCGGCGGGGGGGUCAGGAGCUGCAUCGGCCAGGAGCUGGCCAAGGCCAUCCUCAAGCUGCUGGCCAUCGAGCUGGUCAGCACGGCCCGCUGGGAGCUGGCCACCCCCAGCUUCCCCGAGAUGCAGACGGUGCCCAUCGUGCAUCCCGUGGAUGGGCUGCAGCUCUUCUUCCACCCCCUGCAGCCCGGCGGCUCCAGCACCCGCCGCCAGGUGUCCCGGGAAGCUUGAGCCUUCGCCGCGGCCUCUGGCGCUGGGGCGGGCUGCGGGCAGGGCGAGAGCGGACGCCGCCCGCAGCAGAUCUCAGAAGGGCCGGGCGUGGGGGACAAGCACCAGGAUUUGUACCGACCGGGCACAGAAAGCUGGACACGAGCCCCUGGCCCCGUUUCCUUUUCGCAGUGCCCUGCAGCGGGGCUGGGAUCCGGCUUCUGAGAGGGGGCCUAGCCCAUCCAUCCCCUCCUUCUCGGUGCCCUGCUGCUGCCCACCACGGCAACAGGAGAGGGGCUCCGGAUGCAGCAGCAAAUCCGGUGAGAUCUCCUUUUCGUCCGCUUGCACAUUAGAAAGGCUUGGUUUGUGCCAUCCUCACUGAACCCGGGGUGGGGAAAACCAGGGCCCCGAUGCACUCCGAGGGGUCCAAACCACCGAGAAAGAGUGCAAGAUCCAAGUAUGCAGUUUCCUUAAACUUCAAAGUGUUGGCAGACCUAGAGGUGUUGGCUGGGGGGAAGAAACCAACGGUUCUAAAUUUUAAAACAGACUCUCCGGGGAUUUAGAUUCACCUGCUACCUCUCACCUGACUCUUGAAAGUUUAGGGGAACGCCCUAUCCACUGAACAGCCUUCCAAGCCACGCUGUUGUCCUGAUCAGCCCUCCUGCCCCCUUCCUUCUGAUCGCAUAGAGAAUAAUGCAGAAAGGAGAGAAAAAUAACUGUCUCUAGCACAUUUUCAUUACAGCGCCUGGCUAGAGAUGGCCUGGAAUUUCCUGUUCCACAUGCAGAAGAGUUAUGCCGUAUGGGAUACAUGUAUUUGUAAGGGGGGAGUGGGGUUUUUCACGUUGUGCCAUAGCCUUUUAGAAUUUUCCAUGGAUAUUUAAAAAGAGAAAAAUCUAAGGGGUCGCUGCAAUCUGACAGGUCCAAACCUGUCAGAUACAUCCCAAUUAUCUGUAACUUUCUGAUAACUCUCUAACUUCCGAUAGAUUAAUGUAAAGAGUUUGUUUGUAUUUCA